AUGGUGAUGUUUAACUGGGACGAUGUUAUUCGUAAAAGUGGAUGCGUAACCGAGCUAUCCAUUAAUUUUGCAAAAAUACCAGAAAUUGAACCUUUGCCGGAAAUUUUCUUGUAUGUUCUGUCCCCAACACAAGAUAAAACUGGAUUUGUAAUUAUUCGCCGACAUGAAAUCUCAAAACAACAAGUUAAAGAGUUUUUGAAUAAUCAAAAACUACCAAACACGUCUCAAAACUCUCAAUCGUCGCAAACUUUUAACAUGCAGCAUCCAACAAUCCAAAUAUCAGCAGAAAAAGGGAGAGUGGUAGUAAUACCUACUUAUGAAACAGCCACUACUCCUCCAGAUAAUAUUCGAACACUAAUUAUGCGAGAUCCCACUUUAUAUGUGCAAAUGGGUCAAUUUCUAGCAAUUGGACUACGUGGCACUUUAGCACGACCUUUUCGAGCAAAACGAGGUGAUUCAUAUUAUAUUGAUCUAAAUGCGGCAAAUGCCGCGGUAGGUUCAGCUUCAUCGUUAAUAUUCAUUCGGCAAGCAAUCUAUUCUCUGACAUUUAGCUUUAAAAUAACUCCAGUCACCGGAUUUAUACGAGAUAUAUUUUUAUGGUCUCUGUUUGCUGAUCAGUCAAAUCUGGCGACUUGUUUGUGUUCGCGAUCCGAAGACACAAUUGUCGCGGCCUUAUUGGCAAAUAAGAUUUAUCAAACGGCAGCUGAGAGAAUAAAUAAACCAGCGAAAAGAAAAGAAUACUUGCAGAAAGAAAAAGACUUCGAUAAACAUGCUGCAGAAAUCAUGGACAAAUGUUUUAUGAAAAACGAAAAAUUUGCUAUUGAUAUCUUAGAGAGAGACUCUAAAAGAUAUUUUGGGUACAGCGCAUAUAAGUUAGCCGACGACAAUAGUAGUCGCUCAUUCUUGGCAACAAAAUGUGUCGAGAAAUAUUUAGAUCAGUUGUGGUAUGGGGAUAUUAAUAAGAAGGAACAUUCUACAUUAUACAUCAGUACUUUGAUUCUGAUCUUAUGCAUCUUUCCAUUCUUGAUUCCACUUGUUGCACGUUUCUCCACUACUUUGAUAUUAACUAAGAGGGAAAACGAGCCGUUUUAUUUAAGCUUUGUUUGGUUUUUUCGGAAACGAGCAAUCAUUCGAUUCUUUUACAAUAUUAUCUUCCACAUCUUAUUUAUUGGUAUAUUCAGUUUCGUGCUAUUAGUUGACUACUUUCCGAUAAACAAUAAUGGAGGCCGACGUAAUGGAUGGAAUAUUGUGGAUGUGUUUGCCAUUACAUUUUAUCUUAUUGGUUUCACUACACGCUGGAUCUCUAACGAAUCUGCAUUUUCUGUUUCAAAGAUUUUCAUGUGCUUCUCGUUAUGUCUUUGGUAUGUUCGGAUCUUGCAUUUGUUCGUAGCAUCAGAACAGCUUGGUAUCAAAUUACUCAUGAUAUUUAAUACAAUGAAAGAUCUACAAUUCUUUGUCAGUUUUAUUUUAAUUUUUUUAAUUGGGUAUGCAGUGACGUCCUAUUCUCUUCUCACCACUAAACAGCAAGUGAUAUGGGACAGUACCGAUGGAAAAAGUCCAUCUCAGACUUAUCAACUAGCUCAAAAUGGAACAGGUUUAUGGAAUUGGACUCUUGUCAGAAAUGUCAUAGAUUGGGGAAUGUGGAAAGUAUAUGGACAAGUAUCACUUUUGUCCAACGUUGAAGUUGACGAUGUUGUUCUAAAUGCGGAUAACGAUGUUUAUGGCACAAUGGUUUUUAUCUUGACAAUCAUUUUUGUUUGUGUAGCAAAUGUGCUUCUUUUAAACGUAUUAGUUGCUCUGUUCAAUGUCACAUUAACUAAGAAUGAUCAAAAUUCUCAUUCAUCAUGGGCAUUCCAUCGAUUUCUUCUUGUUGAUGAAUAUACAAGGAAGUCUCCUCUGCCGCCACCAUUGAGUCUUUUUUAUUAUGCCUUUAAAGCAGCUAAACAUUUAUAUCACAAAUGUCAAAAUAAAAGCAAUGAUAGUGUUCACGGAUCACUUGAUGACACGAGCGGACUGGAUUCAAAUUUAUAUAGUGUUAUUUCAUUCAAUGCUGAAGACAAAAUAAAAGUUGAUGGUGUUAUAAAUAAAGUUUCAAUCAACUUUUCGACAUCACCAACUGAUGAAAGUGCCAAGAUUUGGCUAUUUGUCAUCAUGGCUCCUACCAUUCGUUCGAAUCCAAACUCGUUCAGUAUUAUUCGGAAUUAUGACUUAACAGCUGAUGACAGCCUGAUUGACGUGAGAAAAAAAUUAAAAACAGAGAUCCGUACAUUCAAAACAGAUCUGCGAGUAGAGAAGGGCCAAUAUUUAGCCAUUCGCUUUUCGCCAGGUUCUGGAAAUCCAUGUAGCACAGAGCGAAAUCAAUACUACGUAAAUUUUGAUGAUAAACCGUAUAUGGGACAGACUCUUUUAUUUACACACUGUCCUACAAAAGGUUUUGCCAUGAGUUUUAAUGUUCAAACAGCACCACAUGUUAGAAGAACAGAAAGAAUACCCGGAAGAUGUUACGGGCGCAAGAUAGCACCAGUUAAUUUGAAAAAGGAUAUGAUAGAUACGGUGAAGCGAAGCCAAUUUCAAAUUCGCGAUGAUAUGCUGCAGGAACAAAGUAUUGCGCGUGAAUACUGGGUGCAUAUUAUCAAAUCGAUCAAAGAGAAAGAAAAAGAAGAAAAUAAACAGCAUGAUUUGGCAGAAAACUUUUAA